AUGGUUGCUAAUUCAACAGUUUCAUACCAACAAUAUGGUGUUGGCCCUGAGGCACUCGUGUUUGUUCAUGGUUGGACUUGUGCCGGAGGGUUAUGGAAAGACCAGGCACCUUUGUUUCAACAGUUUCGAGCCUUGGUGAUCGAUCUUCCUGGACAUGGAAAAAGCGAAGCACCUGUCAUCGAAUAUUCACGGGAAUACUUUGCCAAGGCACUCAAAGCUGUUCUCGACGACGCUCAGGUGGAAAAGGCGGUACUUGUUGGCCAUAGCAUGGGAGGCCCAGUUUCAACUACAUUUCUACAACUAUUCUCCGAACAGGUGUCAGGAAUUGUAUACGUGGACUCAUUCUUCAAUCUUCCGGAAAACUACUUCACGCAGACCGAGAGAAAAGAACUGAGCUUUAAGCUUAACAACGAUACGGCCUUUGUGGAGACCGUCAACACGUUUUUCAGCCCUCGCGCCACUGCUGAUAUACGAAGUCUGGUGAUUGACACAAUGGCGGGGACUGCAAAGCAUGUCCGGACCAACGCCACCACCACAGAUCUGCUACCGCCGCCUUUCCGAUGGAAUGAUGUGUACGAGAUCCCAGCGCUGCAUAUCGUCACUCCUAGGUUUGCGGACAUCGAUCGCGCCUGGCUUCGCCACCUGCCAAAAUUGGAGACGAGGGAGUGGGCUGAUUAUGGUCAUUUCCUGUUUAUGGAGGAUCCUACGCGUUUUAAUAGAGAGGUUGAGGCGUUCGUGGUUGAGAAUAAAUUGCUAUAG